GAUAGAUAGAUAGAUAGAUAGAUAGAUAGAUAGAUAGAUAGAUAGAUAGAUAGAUAGAUAGAUAGGCUACUAUUAUUAACACACAACAUGAGUGGCACAGAUGAACAUACCGUACCUCGCAGACAAAAGGGAAAUAUACAAAGACAUUCUCGAAUAACUUGUUAGGAAAGAUCGUUCUGUACUUUGAUCUAUUGUUAGCGAUACGCCGUGGCUGUGUGAGUGCGCGUGCUAGGCUGUAAAUCUGGUUCGUGGAGCCAUUCUGGUGACGUCACGAGCCGGGUGUUUGACGGGGUGGCUGCCGCAGCGCCAGGACUGGAGAGUGGAAAUAUGACCGAAAGUGACCUCGAUCACAGCCUGUGUUAGUGUUUUGCGCUCAUCGUUUACGAUUCGACACUCGUAAACACGCGAUUUUAUCAUCGCUGCGGCUGUUUUUAGAUAAAAAUCCGUGCAUUUGGCAUAGUUCAUUAGCCACGAGCCUUGUCUUAUCUCAAGAGCGCGACACAUCCAGCGCGUGUAUGUGCUUUGAGGCUCGCCUCAAACCUUAUUUCUGGAGCCGUGCGCUGUAGGCUUUUUCUGUGCAUUGAAAUAUGGAUAAGGCCAAAUCAGUGAUGGAUCAGAAAGGAUCGGGUCCUUGCUGCACAAACGGCAUGCACAGGCCACUCCGGCGACAGCUGAGCAACGGGAGCUGCAGCCCGUUCAGUCCGACGGAGGAUAAUCUCCACCAUCUUCACCACGACCCUCAAACCAACGGGUCCCCGCCCAAGAGGUGUCGGCUGCGGAUGCGAAUCGAGUCAGUGAGGAAAAACAGACCUCCCUUUCCAUGGUUUGGAAUGGAUAUCGGCGGUAGUUUAGUAAAGCUUGUUUACUUCGAGCCAAAAGACAUCACUGCAGAAGAGGAGCAGGAGGAGGUGGAGAAUCUGAAGAGCAUACGCAGGUACCUCACCUCCAACACAGCCUAUGGCAAAACUGGUGUCCGUGAUGUACACCUGGAGCUACGCAACCUGACAAUCUGCGGUCGCACAGGGAACCUGCACUUUAUCCGCUUCCCCACCGCUGCCAUGCACAGAUUCAUCCAGAUGGGCAGAGAUAAGCACUUCUCCAGCCUGCAUACCACACUGUGUGCCACAGGUGGCGGGGCAUACAAGUUUGAGAAUGAUUUCAGAACGAUGGCAGACCUUGAGCUGCUGAAGUUGGAUGAGCUUGAUUGCCUAAUCCAGGGUCUGCUGUACAUUGACUCGGUCGGUUUUAACGGUCAUCCUGAGUGCUAUUACUUUGAGAACCCCUCCGACACACAGAACUGCAUCAAGAGACCCUGUUGUCUUGACAACCUUUUUCCCAUGUUGCUGGUCAACAUUGGCUCGGGCGUCAGCAUUCUGGCAGUCUAUGCAAAAGAUGAUUACAAAAGAGUGACGGGCUCCAGUCUUGGUGGAGGGACGUUUUUGGGACUCUGCUGCCUGUUGACGGGUUGUGAGACAUUUGAAGAGGCCCUUGAAAUGGCCAGCAAAGGGGACAGCACCAACGUGGACAAACUGGUGAAGGACAUCUAUGGAGGUGACUACCAGCGCUUCGGCCUACAAGGGUCUGCGGUGGCUUCAAGCUUUGGACACAUGAUGAGCAAAGAGAAGAGGGAGAGUAUUUCUAAAGAGGACUUGGCCCGAGCCACGCUCGUCACAAUUACAAAUAACAUUGGCUCCAUCGCACGCAUGUGUGCAGUUAAUGAGAAAAUCGAACGGGUUGUGUUUGUGGGGAACUUUCUACGUAUAAACACUGUGUCGACCAAGCUUCUUGCCUAUGCUAUGGACUUCUGGUCCAAGGGCCAGCUGAGGGCCCUUUUCCUGGAACAUGAGGGAUACUUUGGAGCUGUUGGUGCUUUUCUAGAACUGCUGAAGUCGUCUGAUGAUGCAUAAAGGAAAGAUAUCAUCAUCAUCUCUGAUGAUCCAGAAACUGCGUUAAGACUUCUACACAGAAGCUCCAACAGGAAAACUGGAACACUGGGAAAUUUAAAUGAAGCCAUUAUAGUAAUUAACCUGUAAAUAGCCUUUAAAAUAAGAUUCUAAACAUUAUUUUUAUCAGUAACUUAGUCUCCCUCAAGACUGCUGACGGUAGCGUAACCUUAUUGCUAAUUUGUUUUCUGCUUGUUUUUGUUGUUGUUUUCAUUUUGUAAUGAUUGUAAAUAUUGUGUAGUGAACAGGGAGAGUUUAUUGAUGGCCAAAACUUGCCCUUUUAAAGUUUUGCUAUUCUUGUCAUGCCCACCAGCUGAGAGAGUAUUCGGCAUGAACUGGUUUCGGUUUUCAGGCCUGGUUAAAUGAUUUUUGUGUUAAACUGCUGUUCAGACCCAAAAUGAUGUAUGACGCACCAUUCUAGUUCAUUUUUAAGCCACGGGUGCUAUGUUAGAUGUGUGCCGACUGACAGGAAUCCUCAUAGUAAAGAAAAGACACUGGGCUCUAUACAGCAUAGAGCAACCUUUUUCCGGUUGCCUCUCCUUUCACUUUUCCUCUUCGCUACAGUUAAGAGUUUUAUAUGCGUUUAUGCAUUAAAUUAAUUUUAAACAGGAAUCAGUCCACUUUCAGAAUUAUAUCAGAAUGGUUUAACUUUUUAAAGAUGUAUUUACGCUGAAUCACACAAAGCCUUUAUUUGUAAAAUGAUACACAGAAAGCUCAGGGUGUCACUAAUAUGUGAAAGGGAAUUCGGUGGGACCAAGUGGCCAGUCUGACACGCACUUCAGAUAGAAAGCUCCCCUAAAAUCCCACAUUUUUGUCCUCUUUGUCCAACUUUGCCUCUUUUUCAUCCUGCCUUUUUCCAUUCUUUUUCCUGUCUAAACCAGAACUAAUUUUUUUUCUGGAUGUACACAGUUAUAUAUAUAUUCCUGCUCUUUGGUUGCCUUCCUCUUAUCUAGAAUGGUACUAGAGUACUCAAAGUUGCUGUGUGAUGACAAAACAGAAAGAUUAAGUCAGUAUGACACAGCAGUUACCCACAACCCCCCGUUCCUCAGUAUUCAAAUAUCAAACAUGUUUAGACAGUUCUAAGACUCAGCCGUUGUGUUUUCAUUGUAGUGCCAAACUGAGACUGGGAGAGGUCAAACCAGACAGCCUGCCAAUGCCAGUAUUCCUGCUUUACCAGGCCAUGUACCACAUUACUUCUCCUAAAAGUUGCCUAGCAUUAGAGUAUUUCUAAAAUCUUUCUAAGUCCAAUAUCAUAUGUCAUUAAAAACAAAAACACCACUCCCUUACUAGUUAACUCUGUUGUUCAAUUCUCCUUGCUGUCUUUCUCGCCUUCUAUGUGAUUUAUCUGUUCUUUUAACCUCUGCGGCUGUUUUAGGUUGUGUUUUUAUUUUAUUGUAUUUAAUUUUUUUUGUUAUUUCAAUUCUGAAUUAGAUUUUGGGGACCUCACAUGUCAAUCGCAAACUACUUUUUUUUUUUUUUUACAAAUUUUUUUUAUAUACAUUUUCUUUAUUUUUAUUUCAUAAAAUCAAACGAUAAAAAAUGUAUGUUUGAAAAUUUUUUAUACCUUUAUAAUUAAUUAUGGCUUUGGUUGGCCUUGUACAUUUUGCAUUAAAUUAUUGGAUUUUUUUUUUUCCAGGUUUUUCUUUUUUUUUUUUAACUGGAUUUUUUUUUUUUUUUUUUUUUUUUUAGAAAAUUAUCAGGUUUUAAACUCCUCAUUCUAAAUUAGUUUGUAUACCAUACAGUGUAUCAAUAUGAGAGCUGAAUGCUGAAUGGAUAAUUAACAUCGAUGAAGAUAGUACGUUUAUGGUACUGACAAAUUGUUCUUUCCACAAUCUUAGUCAGAUGCAAGUAUUUUUUUUUUUAAGUAUUCAAGCCUGUGUAAUUGCACUGCACAAUUCUAUGCUACACGUAAAGCUGUCAUUCAUUUUGCAUUAGACUUGAAUCCACACAACACAGCUUCAUGUUUUGCAAACUUUGGUAAGGUUUGAAGUAACUUUUGUUGUCAUGCAAGUAAGAAAUAAAACCAGCUGCCAGUUACAGCAGUUUUGUUUAGUAAGGAAUCCACAAUCCACAGAUGUUAAAGUUUAAAAGCAGUAUUAGUCUAUAUCACAGACGGUUGUACUAAUACAAAUCCUUAUUUAGAUCAUUUUAAUGUAUUUGGUUCUCUCCCCCUUUAAAUGGUGACCCUUCACUCUUGCUAUGCAUUUAAGUCAGUUACGCUAAAUGUUGAUUGCUGAAAGCAGCUUGGUUAAGAGAGCUGCUUGUGUCCUGCUUGCCACUUUUGUCAGUAACACUGUUAUAAAGAGUGAAAAUGGGCUUUUGACACACAAUGGGUAUCUUGGAGUUUUCUUUUAAUUCCUACUGACAUUUUUAAACAAAAUUAUACUAUGAGUUGCUUGUUUGAUGAUUCUUGGAUACUUUGUGCUGUUAUUAUUCGAUUGUACAAACAUGUCAAUAUUACUGUCUUUGUUUUUCAUUUCUCAGUUGUCAUUAAAGCCACACUGUGUUGAAAUAUGUGGCUUUGUUAAAAAAAAAGAGAGAGAGAUUUGAUGUCUGUGUGAUUGACUGGGUAUAAUUGGAAGCAAUUAUGCAUAGACUCAAGAAAGGACAUUUUAAAGAAUAAUAAAGUUUAAAAACAAAAAAUUAA